AUGUUUUCAAAAUCGAUUUAUAUUUAUAUUCAAAUUCUUUUUGUUUCCUUCGAUUUACCGAUACUUCUCGCUCAAAUAGAGGGAUCGCAUGAACUAUUUAAAUUAGACUGGCACAUUCGGUGUAAACUACAGCCCAAUGGUUACGACUGUACUAGGAAUGAAUCAAUGUCCCAUAGGUUUUAUUACGACCUGAAAAUGAAUGCUUGCAAAACAUUCCAGUAUGGCCUUUGUGAAUUGCAAUUCAACGGUUUUCAUUCACUUCGAGAAUGUUCCUCUACAUGUGAAGUAAUUGGACAUCAAUUUCUCACCGAAGAAGAUCAGGCUAAAGUUUCUGACGAUACAAUAUGUCGCUUGCAAUAUGACUUUGGAUCUUGCAACAAUUACUAUCCAAUGUGGUACUUCGAUGUGACUGAGCGUACUUGCAAGAGCUUCUCUUACAGUGGCUGCGGAGGCAACAAUAAUAGAUUUGCAACACCCGGCAUGUGCAACACUAAAUGUCAAACUGCUGUCGGCGAUUAUAAAAUAGUAAAAACUAUAAAGAAAAGUCUAUAG